UUGAAUACAUGAUUCUGGCCACAAUUAUUGCAAAUUGUAUUGUCCUGGCCUUGGAGCAACAUCUACCUGGAGAUGACAAGACUCCCAUGUCUCGCAGAUUGGAAAAAACUGAACCCUAUUUUAUUGGGAUCUUUUGUUUUGAAGCUGGAAUAAAAAUUGUCGCACUGGGAUUAGUCUUUCAUAGAGGUUCUUACCUCCGGAAUGGUUGGAACGUCAUGGACUUUAUCGUAGUACUCAGUGGAAUCUUGGCUACGGCUGGAACUCACUUUAAUACUCAUGUGGACCUGCGUACCCUGCGAGCUGUCCGGGUUCUCAGGCCGCUGAAGCUGGUCUCUGGGAUUCCUAGUUUACAGAUUGUGUUGAAAUCGAUAAUGAAGGCAAUGGUCCCCUUGUUACAGAUUGGAUUGCUGCUCUUUUUUGCCAUCCUCAUGUUUGCAAUCAUCGGCCUUGAGUUUUACAGUGGAAAGUUGCACAAGGCCUGUUACAGGAACAUCUCUGGAUGGGAGUUGGAACCUAUGGACCCACCUCAUCCGUGUGGAGUGCCUCGCUGCCCAUCUGGGUAUGAGUGCAGGGAAUGGAUUGGACCCAAUGAUGGAAUUACUCAGUUUGACAACAUCCUAUUUGCGGUGCUGACCGUCUUCCAAUGUAUCACCAUGGAGGGUUGGACCACAGUGCUGUACAAUACCAACGAUGCCUUAGGAGCCACCUGGAACUGGCUUUACUUCAUUCCACUCAUCAUCAUUGGAUCAUUCUUUGUCCUGAACCUCGUUCUGGGAGUUCUGUCUGGUGAAUUUGCCAAAGAGAGGGAGCGUGUGGAGAAUCGCCGGGCCUUCAUGAAGUUGCGCAGGCAGCAGCAGAUUGAGAGGGAGUUGAAUGGUUAUCGAGCAUGGAUAGAUAAAGCUGAGGAAGUGAUGCUUGCUGAAGAAAAUAAAAACUCUGGAACCUCUGCCUUAGAAGUUCUUAGGAGAGCCACCAUUAAACGAAGCAGAACAGAAGCCAUGAAUCGAGACUCAACUGAGGACCACUGUGCUGACAUAUCUUCUGUUGGCACACCCCUUGCUAGAGCCAGCAUUAAGAGUGCCAAAAUAGAUGGUGCUUCUUAUUUUCGUCACAAAGAACGGCUACUGCGCAUUUCUAUCCGUCACAUGAUCAAAUCACAAGUUUUCUACUGGAUGGUUCUGGCAGUGGUUGCUCUCAACACAGCUUGCGUGGCUAUCGUUCACCAUGACCAGGCUCCCUGGCUGUCAAACAUCCUUUACUAUGCAGAAUUUCUGUUUCUUGGAUUAUUUUUGGUGGAGAUGUCUUUUAAAAUGUACGGAAUGGGUCCCCGCCUUUACUUCCACUCCUCCUUCAACUGUUUUGAUUGUGGGGUGACAAUUGGAAGUAUAUUUGAAGUGAUCUGGGCCUUAUUUAGACCUGGGACUUCUUUUGGGAUUAGUGUCCUUAGAGCUCUCCGGCUUCUGAGAAUCUUCAAAAUUACGAAAUAUUGGGCCUCGUUGAGGAACCUAGUGGUUUCAUUGAUGAACUCUAUGAAGUCAAUCAUCAGCCUGCUCUUUCUUCUGUUUCUCUUCAUUGUGGUUUUUGCCCUGCUGGGAAUGCAACUGUAUGGUGGCAGGUUUAACUUUAAUGAUGGUACCCCAUCUGCAAAUUUUGAUACAUUCCCUGCAGCCAUCAUGACAGUGUUUCAGAUUCUGACUGGAGAAGACUGGAAUGAAGUCAUGUACAAUGGAAUUAGGUCCCAGGGUGGCGUCCGAUCUGGAAUGUGGUCUUCCAUUUAUUUCAUUGUUCUCACCCUCUUUGGAAAUUAUACACUGUUAAAUGUAUUUCUUGCCAUUGCUGUGGAUAACUUGGCCAACGCACAGGAGCUGACCAAGGAUGAGCAAGAGGAAGAGGAGGCAUUUAAUCAGAAGCAUGCCCUUCAAAAGGCCAAAGAGGUCAGCCCAAUGUCUGCACCAAAUGCAUCAUCCAUGGAGAAAGAACGUAGAAAACGGCACACCAUGUCUAUCUGGGAACAGCGCACAAGCCAGCUAAGGAGACAUAUACAGAUAUCCAGUCAAGAGGCUAUUCAAAGUGAAGAACUAACAGCAUUGAACCCCCACUCCAGCAUCUACCGCAAGAAUAAAGCAGCCAAUGAAACAACAGAAAAUGUAGAAUCUAAUCAGGAAGACAAGACGGCAGUAAAUUCUGUAGAUGGUCAGAAGGAAGGAGAAGAAAGCCCCUCUCACAAAAAUCUCAGGGAACAUUGGCGCCAGAAGUCCAGACAUGGCAAUGCUGAGCACAGUGAGCCAAAUGGAACGACACCAGAAGAUGCAAUGCGGCGUAGACAUAGCCAACGGCGGAGCCGUCACAGGAAAGCGCGUAUGGAAGGUCGAGAGGUUUCUAGUGUUCCGAACAGCAACUCAGUCAGCCGUGAAGGGGGACUUGACAAAGUUUGUACAGAGGAUGGAAAAACACCUACAGACGAGAAGGGCAAUGGAGAAAUUAAGGAGGUGCAAGGGACAGAAGAAGAACCCCUUAAGAGUUGCUUAUCCUCAAGAAGAAAUGAGCGGUCAUCUGGAUGUGACAGAACAUCUACGAACACCGCACCACCGCAGGAGCUUAGCCGAGGGAAGAAUGGCAGCCACCCUGAUUUGGAUUGCAGUGAGCAGGCCUUGCUGGGCAGCCCGCGGAGCCAGACAGAAAGUCCCAAUCCCACCAGCUGCAGUCUAGCUGAUGUGUCCAGCAGUACAGAGCGUGUUACGGAAAGCACCGUCAUCACUAUACCAGAUGCCGGAGGGGCUGCCGACUGCACGGUGGUACAGAUCUCAGAAGGGAGAGACGGAGAAGUGAGUCUUGUGUCUCAAGAACAGGAAAAAGAAGAGGAGGAGGGAGAUGAUGGAGAAGAGAGGACAGUGAAGCGAAAGGAAAAGGUGUUGGAAUCCCCCAAGGCAAUUGUGCCCUACAGUUCAAUGCUUAUCUUCAGCUCGACCAAUCCGGUAAGAAAAGUGUGUCAUUACAUUGUCAAUCUGCGAUACUUUGAGAUGAGCAUUCUGUUGGUAAUUGCAGCUAGUAGCAUUGCAUUAGCUGCAGAGGACCCGGUGUUGACCAACUCAGACCACAACAAAGUCCUUCGCUACUUUGAUUAUGUUUUUACUGGUGUCUUCACCUUUGAGAUGGUGAUAAAGAUGAUUGACCAGGGCUUGGUCUUGCAUGACGGUUCCUACUUCCGUGACCUCUGGAACAUCUUGGAUUUUGUGGUUGUGGUGGGAGCUCUCGUUGCCUUUGCUUUGGCGACUAACAAAGGCCGGGACAUCAAAACUAUUAAGUCUCUACGUGUGUUGAGAGUUUUGCGCCCACUGAAAACAAUCAAGCGUCUUCCAAAGCUGAAGGCAGUCUUUGAUUGUGUGGUUACGUCUCUGAAGAACGUCUUUAAUAUACUCAUCGUGUACAAACUCUUCAUGUUCAUAUUCGCUGUCAUCGCUGUUCAGCUCUUCAAGGGCAAGUUCUUCUACUGCACAGACAGCUCAAAGGAAACAGAAAAAGAAUGCAUAGGGAGUUACAUAGAUCAUGAGAAGAACAAGAUGGAGGUCAAACGAAGAGAAUGGAAGAGACAUGAGUUCCAUUAUGAUAACAUUAUAUGGGCUUUACUUACACUUUUCACAGUUUCAACUGGAGAAGGAUGGCCUCAGGUCUUGCAACACUCUGUAGAUGUGACUGAAGAAGAUCGGGGCCCAAGCCGAAGCAACCGCAUGGAGAUGUCCAUCUUCUAUGUUGUCUACUUUGUGGUUUUUCCAUUCUUUUUUGUCAAUAUCUUUGUGGCUUUGAUCAUCAUCACCUUCCAAGAGCAAGGAGACAAGAUGAUGGAGGAGUGCAGACUGGAGAAAAAUGAGAGGGCCUGCAUAGACUUUGCUAUCAGCGCAAAGCCGCUCACGCGAUACAUGCCACAGAACCGCCACACGUUUCAGUACCGUGUCUGGCACUUCGUGGUCUCGCCAUCUUUUGAGUACACCAUCAUGGCUAUGAUUGCUCUGAACACCGUGGUACUAAUGAUGAAGUAUUAUUCCGCUCCAUACACAUAUGAGCUGGCCCUGAAAUAUCUGAAUAUUGCGUUCACUAUCCUUUUUUCCUUGGAGUGUAUUCUUAAAAUCAUUGCAUUUGGAUUUUUGAACUAUUUCCGUGAUACUUGGAACAUUUUUGACUUCAUUACUGUAAUUGGUAGCAUCACAGAGAUAAUUCUUACAGACAGUAAGCUGGUGAAUACAAGCAGCUUUAACAUGAGUUUUCUGAAGCUGUUCCGAGCUGCUCGACUCAUUAAACUUCUCCGGCAGGGAUACACCAUCCGUAUCUUACUAUGGACCUUCGUCCAGUCUUUUAAGGCUCUGCCAUAUGUCUGUCUUCUCAUCGCAAUGCUGUUUUUCAUCUAUGCUAUCAUUGGGAUGCAGGUGUUUGGAAACAUUCGCCUGGAAGAGGAUAGCCACAUUAACAGACAUAACAACUUCAGAAGCUUCUUCAGUUCUCUCAUGCUUCUAUUCCGGAGUGCCACUGGUGAGGCUUGGCAAGAGAUUAUGCUGUCAUGUCUUGGUGAUAAAGGUUGUGAGCCAGAUACCACAGCACCCUCCGGGCACAGUGAAAAUGAACGAUGUGGGACUGACCUAGCUUACGUCUAUUUUGUUUCAUUUAUCUUCCUCUGUUCCUUCUUGAUGCUGAACCUCUUCGUUGCUGUCAUCAUGGAUAAUUUUGAGUACUUGACGAGAGACUCUUCCAUCCUGGGGCCUCAUCAUCUGGAUGAGUUUGUGCGGAUUUGGGCUGAAUAUGACAGAGCAGCAUGUGGCCGUAUCCAUUACACAGAGAUGUAUGACAUGCUGACCCUCAUGUCACCACCUCUUGGUCUUGGAAAGAGAUGUCCUAACAAAGUCGCUUACAAGAGACUGGUCCUGAUGAAUAUGCCAGUAACAGAAGACAUGACAGUACAUUUCACAUCCACUCUCAUGGCUCUUAUCCGGACUGCAUUGGAUGUCAAAAUAGCGAAAGGGGGUGCAGACCGACAGCAACUGGACGCCGAGCUGCAGAAAGAAAUACUGGCCAUUUGGCCAAAUCUCUCCCAGAAGAUGCUGGAUCUACUUGUGCCAAUGCCAAAAGCCUCCGACCUGACAGUGGGAAAGAUUUACGCAGCUAUGAUGAUCAUGGACUAUUAUAAGCAGAGCAAAGCCAAGAAGCAGAGACAACAGCUGGAAGAACAGAAAAAUGCACCAAUGUUCCAGAGGAUGGAAGCAUCAUCACUGCCAGAGGAGAUCUUAUCCAAUGCCAAAGCCUUACCAUAUCUACAGCAAGACACCCUGUCAGGACUGGGUGGUUUUCCUUCACUCAGCCCCUUGUCUCCUGAAGAGAUAUUCCAGCCGCCGUGUCUGGACAGAGAGGACGAGGACUUUGAAGAACAGCUGUCUCUGGAGCCCGAGGUUAGAGAGUUUAGCAGGGAGCAGCUCCCUAACCAAGGCAGCUACAUCCCAGUGGAGAUGCUGGAACGCCCAGCGUCUGUGAGAGCUUCUUCCAUGCCACGUCUGGCUGUGCACCCCCAGGUUCUAGCAGAUGUCAGCUCCAUGCGUCGUUCCUUCUCCACAACCGCAGACAAACGUGCCCGCAGCUCCUGGUUAGAUGACUUCACGCUGGACCGAAGCGGAACAGACAGUGGGUACAAGCAGCAAAGACGCAGCUACCAUGCAUCUUUGCGGAUGUCUGCAAAACAUCUGAAUUCUGAUACAGGCCACCGCUCAGAUGCCCAUCGCUCUGGGGGAAGAGAAAGAGGGCGCUCUAAGGAGAGAAAGCACCUUUUGUCCCCUGACCCUUCACGUUGUAACUCUGAAGAGAGAAACCCACAGGCUGCUUGUGAGCUCAGGGAGCACCAGAUGUCUCCUGGGCACACUCACAGCAACAUACAGAUUCUUGAUUCCCUAAGUGAAAGCUGCACCCCCUCUGACACCAGCACGCCAAGACGUGGCCGACGACAGCUACCUUCUGUACCUGUAACACCAAGACCCCUCAUCUCCUUUUCUUCUUUAAUACGGCGGCAGAAACACAGCUCCCCACCACAGAAUGGCAAUGGUACCCCACCUCCCUUAUGUGACCCAGGCCUGAGUGAGUCUUCCUGCUCCCUCCAGGGACGUCAGAGUUCCCAAUCCACUCCCCAACACUACAUCUCAGAGCCUUACCUGGCACUACAUGAAGAGAUGCAAAGCUCAGACUGCCCCACUGAGGACACACUCACAUUUGAAGUGGCAGUGGCUACCAGUUUGGGUCGAUCCAACACUAUCGGGUCUGCCCCAGCAUUACGCCAUGGCUGGCAAAUGCCAAAUGGUCACUACCGGCGCCGAAGGAAGGGAGGCGUGCCGUCUGUGAUAGCCUCUCGUGAGUUAAGUGACACAGAAGAGGAUGACAGAUGUUGAAGGAGAUGGAGCUUGCAUGCUGUACCACAGCAGGUGUUCUUCAAAUGGCCCCUCCAUCAUAUUACUAAGCUUCUUCCAGAGGAGCCACACAGCACUUACUGCCAACUCCCUAACCAAAAUCACAAGAUGUGAGGCAAAACCAGGCAAUUCCUAAAGAUCCAUAAAACCUUGUGCCAAAAAACAUAAUGAAAUUUACCCUAGAGGACAUCAUUUUGUGCAAGAUAUUACUAGGGACACAUAACUGGAGAACAUGGUGAUAUGUCUUAUGCUAAACUUGUUUAGAAGAAACUGUUGGGACCACCACAUGGGCAGAAAACUGACUGAUGGCCUAUAAUCGCCUGCCAUCAACGAGACUCCUGUCUUGAGGCUGAUGACUGCUUCGUACAGUCUAAUCAAUCAAAUUGAUCAUCCAGUAUAAAAGCAAGUGUUUAAAAUGACAUUUAGAUUGGUGAUGAAAACUCCUUUCGUUAAUAGCUUGAUUAGCUCAUUUGUUGGACAGCUGUCAGGAUGUUUGUUUAUUAAUGAACACACAACUGAUUGAACGAGUUUGUGUGCUGUUAUGUGAUAUUUAUAUAACAAUGAAAUGCAACAAUGUAGACCUAAUGGUUAUAAAGAAUCUGUAGCUUCAUGUUAAGUGCUAUCCCCGAGGCCCUGACACUUUGAGUACAUGUAAGGAAUCAAGGGACUUUGUUAUAUUCACUCCAAAAAAAACCUUGAGCGAGUCACGUCCUGCUUGGUGUCGUUUACAACUUGUCUACUAUAACAAAUGCCAUAACAUAGAAGGGACAAACUGUACUUUAUGUAGUGCCAUACGGAGGGCCAUUUUGGUAAAAUAAGGUAACGUAUGUGGAUGUGUAGCCAAACACUGGAGACAUGCAAUGUAAGGUACAAUUGAUGCGCUAGAUAAAGCAUUAACAUUAAUCAUUCAUCUGCUGCUCUACAACUCAUGAGAGUUUCACCUUAACAGUCAAAGGUGUGAGAAAGUGAAGGCUGUAUCCUUUUGUAUCCUUCCAAAAAAGAUUGUUUUAAAAAUACAGUAUAUGUGACACACUAAAGUCUUUCCUGUCAACAAUUAUUAAAAAGAAGCCUUGCUGUAACAGGGCAAAUCUCAGAUUUCAACAA